UACUAAAAAAGGCCGACACCUCAGUUUCGAGUUUAAAAAAAAGAAGAAGAAUUCCUCUGCAUCCAAGAGUAGCUGGAUAGAUGGAAGCAUUACCCACAUACUAAGUAAUAUACGGUGUAAUAGCUUUUUAUUACAGAAUUUAAUUUCAGACAUCGCAAAAGAAAAUCCAUAGAAGUUGUGAUAAAUAUGAAAACCACGAUCUGCCAAUGUGAAUCAUCUACAGAUGCAAUUGACACAUUACGCUUUACCUCAAAUUAUUGCGGAAAUAUAGAGAUUUAUUUUGUCUUUUAACAGUAAGCUGCCCGACAAAGAAAAACUAAAUUGUAAGCCAUAACUACUAGAAAUCAGUUCCAGAAGCGUUUUGUCCCUUGACUGAAGAACACAGAGGAGGAAGAUUCUUUAAAACCUGGUGGUUAGCAGUGCCCUCUGGAGAGUUAUUUCCCUUAGAAGCCAAGAUGGCAGGCGUCAGCCCAGAGCUGGCAUCUCUGAUGAAAAAAGGGAAAUCUGCCAUAGCUGCCCACUUUAAGACGGCAUUCGCCGAGGAUAAAUUGUUAAACGAGUUAUUGAACACAGUGUUCAAUCCGGAAAAGGCAAUUGAUGACUAUGAAAAUCUUGAAUGGUAUCGUUUCCUGAUUGCUGGUGGGAAAAAGUUCGACGAUUAUGCAAACCUUGUGCGUAUUUAUGACAAUGCGACAACAUGUGGCCUUGUGUGGACUGCAAAUUUUGUGGCCUAUAGGUGUCGUACAUGUGGUAUAACACCAUGCAUGUCACUCUGCUCCAAGUGUUUUCAGGCUGGAAAUCAUGAGGGACACGACUACAACAUGUUCCGCAGCAAGGCUGGAGGAGCUUGUGAUUGCGGAGAUGCCAGUGUUAUGAAUCCUGCCGGGUUUUGCUCCCGCCACCUUCCUGGACCGAACCGAUACCAGUUGGUUCCUCCACGUGAAGUGAUGGCACUACCAGAACUAGUCAUGCCACGACUCUUUAUCCGCCUGAUAUACCAUUUAAGAGAAUUUGCUAAAGUAGAGGCUGCCGAUAUCAGUCAGAUAGCAAUGCAGGAUGCAGACUCUUAUUUAACCUUCCUGCACAGUCUUUGUGAGAUGGGUGCAGUCAUGAUGAAGCAGAUGGGCAAAACUCUUACUGAUUCUGUAAUCUAUGAGAAAUUCACUCAGAGUGAAGGUUGUUACCACUCAGAAAGCCAGAAAAAUUAUUUACAGGCCGUGAAAGAGAUGACUUAUCCUCCAUCAUUUGAUAUCUUUAGCAACAAAAUCUAUUUAGACCAGAAACUAGUGCACACCACAAUCUUGGAUGAAUUAGUCUUUUGGAUGGUCAAGUUGGAAUUACCACAGAAGAUUGUUACAUUAUUACUAAGUCUUCUGCCAGAUGACCAUUACAAGCAAGCAUUUACAAAGGCUUUUGUCCAACACUACAGUCGGGUCUCAUUGGUUGUGGUCAAGUCUAAAGACCACUAUGCAGUGGCACAUCGUGUGGUCCACAUCAGUGUUCAGUUGUUCAGCAACGAAACGUUAGCAAGGACCAUGUGCAAGGACUACAACCUGCUCUACAUCCUUGUCUUCAGUCUACGCCACAUGGUGGAAUCGGUUUUCAUGCAGAGUACAUUACAGAACAAUUUCAACAACUACCAUAAUGUUGUCGACUGUGAUUCUAAAGCCAUGAAAGAUCAUUGUUAUUGGCCGAUUGUUAGUGAUUUGAUCAACUUGUUGUCUCAUCAUACCAUUGCCUUGCAAUUUAUGGAAAAUGUCAACUUGGUUAACACAUGGCUUUGCUUGCUUGUUUAUUUCCAAGGUUGUAAUUUAAAUGAACGAGAACUUACUCAGCAUGUUGAAUUUGAGCCAGAUACGUAUUAUGCUGCAUUUUCUGCUGAACUUGAAAUCUCGGCAUCUCCAAUGUCGUAUUUGAUCUCUCAUUGUAAGGACAGUAAAACUGCCCAUUGUACAAAAGCAAUAGUCGCUGCUUGUCUGGAAACUCUUGAAGAUUGGUUUGAGUCGAUUAAUUUUGAUGCAAAUAAAGGCGACAAGACAAGUUACCUGCAGCUGGCUUUCCACUUGCCUCUUCAUCGUUAUCUAGCUGUGUUCUUGGCUUAUGCUGUCCAACAUCAAGCUGUACCUAUCACACAAAUGUUACCUUUCUAUUCGAAGCUGAAGAACUUGUUGAUGUUUCCACUGCGUAUUCAGGCUGGAAUUGCUGAAAUCAAUGCUAAUUUAUGGCUAAGAAACGGUCUGCAGAUCAAAGGACAGGCGAUGACAUAUGUCCAGUGCCAUUUCUGCUAUUCUAUGUUAGAUGCUGAUCUUUACCUGAUACAGGUAUGUGCAGCCCAUCUCCCACCUAACGAGUUUGUGAGAAUUGUUAUUGAGAGCUUUCAUCUUACAAACUGGCUCUUGUUAUGCCCUAAACCAAUCAAAAUUGGUUGUGUAUUGGAAUCCGAACAAGAACUGGCAUUAGUGGAGAGUGCCUUAUCUUUCCUAGCUAUGUUGCAGUCCGUACGCACCUAUCUGGGUCUCAGUGAGAAGGAGUUAGUCCGUGUUGAGAUGGUGGCUUUACUUUGUGUGAAUGACCGCACACACAGCCAAUUGAUGGAUUCAAUGCCUGAGAAGUCAGGAUUAGCUGUUCAUGAGAAAUAUUACUUUGAGUCUACCUUGAAAACAGUGGCAGAUUACAAAGCACCAGUUCUUGAAUCUGGAGGAGGUUUACAGCAAGGAACCUAUGUGCCAAAAGGUUUUCUCUGGGAUCAAGAAUUUGACCCUAUCCAAGUGUCAACUCGAGCUGUCUACAAAAGAGACAUUCAAUCUGCCAUGGACCGGUACCAUGCCUAUCUUAAGCAAACUGGGAAAUACACAGGUAAAAGCCCCCCAUGGCCACCGAUAAAGAUUCCUGGUAAGAUUCUGCCAGCUUAUGAUGGUCUCAGAAGAAUGUUACAUUGCAGAACACUGCAUGGUUUUAUCUUCUCUGUUUUGUACAAGGCUAUGAAGGAGACCCAUAUCUCUGAGACUAUUCUCUACUUUUGUGUCUUCCUCUUGGAACUGGGCACCAGAUUUCCUGCUACUGAAAUUCAGGAAUAUCGCUGCAAAAAACAAGUCAAAGAUGGUGACUAUGAAAAUUGGUUCCCCACUGACUGUCUCCAGACAAAUGCAGCUCACAGGAUUCAAGAGAUACUCAUUUCUGAUUCCCCAAAUCCAGAGAAAGAUCACAGUCCUUCUAUGUCUUUUGUUGCAAAUAUAUUUUCUAAAGACUUUGGUGCUGCCUCAAAAUUAUUCACUACCACGAAUCCUAACUGUUCAAAUUCCUCUAAUAAUCUGGAGGAUGAAGCCAGUGGCCAGAUGCACGUUAAUUGUGAUUCUAAGGAUGAAGUCGAGGAGAAAGAUGACAACUGUCGACGAGUGAUUGUGAAAGAAAGUCUGAUCUCGUUACUGAUGAAACUGCAUUGUAAGUUGUCUGCCAAGAAACAACCUUCUUACAUGCCCACCUCAAUGAGGAAGUGUUCAGAACGGCCAUCAGCGGAACCAAGUAAUCCUUCGGUCAACUGCGGUGAUGGUCCUUACUAUAUUGGUCUCUUGUUGGACAGACUUGCAUCACAGGACUAUUCCUGUUUACAAGAAACAGAAAGAAUUUACCAUGAAACAAAACCUAAAGUGAGGGAGAAACAACAGCCUCAAGAAAGGGGCACAGCAACAUCAGAAGAUCUGGAAAAAGAGGAAAGAAGGAAGAAGGCACGGGAACGGCGGCAGAAAUUAAUGGCAGAGUUUGCUUCCAAACAGAAAGCUUUCAUGGAACAAGCAAUGGACAUGGAUGAUAUCGGUGAAGAUGUCCAAGAUAAUGGUGAGCAGUCAGUGUUAGAAGAUGGUUUCCAUUGUGCCAUUUGCAGUCAGACUAUGCCAAGUACUUCAGAACGUCCUUUUGGCAUUGUGGUUCUGCUAUUGUCUACUAGUGUGCUUGGUCAUUGUCCAAGCCAAGAACAACGGCGGCAUUUGCCAGUUGGGAAACUGAAGUUCAAAAGUGUACCAUUGUCUUGUGCAGAUAUUAGGAAACAACAUCUUAACCUUUUAAUGAAAUAUUAUUCAGAGACACCUGUUAGUAAAUCUGCCAACAUAGGCUGGGAAGGUGGAGUUUUGGUACAAUCUUGUGGCCAUUACCUUCACCUGGAUUGCCAUAAGCAGUACCUAGAAUCAUUAAAGGGGCCAUACCUCCAACAGACUCUGGCUGUGAACGAUGGAGAGUACUGGUGUCCUGUGUGCCGUCAGCUUGCAAAUGCUGUCAUUCCCAUAAUUCCCAAUGACAGGAAACCUACACCGAUUCCUGCACCAACGGACUCUAACAAUCUACAGAAAAUGGCACAAGACAUUGAACAGUUACUGCAACAACAGCCACAAGUCAAUUUGUUUCUGGCCCAGAAAUGUUCUUUGAUCGAUGAAUUAACCAGUGCCACUCACCCCAUGUACAGGAAAUACUGUGAGGACAGUUCAGCUAACAUCUGGCUCUUUACCUGUUCCAUUGUCAGAACUAAUUUGGAAUUGGAACUUCUAGGCUAUGGUGGUCAGUUAUUUACCAGGGAGUCACCUUCAAGUAAACCUAAAGUUUUCAUGCCACUUUUCCGUAUGUUGAGUUAUACCUGCAAAACCUUACCUCCAGUGCCCCAGACUGAUCUUUGGAAAUUAAUUACAGGUGUGGCUGUGAUAGGAGAUAGUAGCUCUUCAUUUUCAAAUGUUCCUGGUCAAGUGCCUAUUUUGCUGAGAGACCCUGUGGCUCUGCUUUUGAAUUUCUUACUUCAGUUACCAGAAGUCAGUAAACAGCAUUUCAGUUAUGUGGUGAACUCUCUGUAUAACAUGGCCUAUAUCCAAGCGUUGGUGGUGACCAGCCUGAAGUUGACUUCUAACGAAAGGGUAGCUUGGUGUAAAAAACGCAUGAGUGAUUCCUUGCAAGAAGUCAGUGGAAUGAUGAGCCAUGUCAUCACACGACUGCAACUCAGUCAACUGUACGAUGAGAAAGAUCAGCAACUCGGGUGUAUAUCGCAGUGGAUCUGGAGCCCAGACAGUGUAGAAAGUGUUUUACAGUCCUAUUUGCUUCCUUAUUUAAGAAUUGCUGCACUCUUACAGCGACAUUUAUUUGAUGAAGAAUUCCCACAGAAAAAGUGUCCAUCUGAAUUUACCUACCUCUGCCGCUACCUCAUGUUAGGUGGAAAGUCUUGUGAUAGCCAGCCAAGCGCAUCUGUUGAUACUCAAUCAGGAUUAUCUAUUCCUCGCAAAGUAGAAGAAACUCAACGAACUGAACAUUUUGUUCGAUUCUGUGUACCUGAGAUUUUACCAAUCACCCGGUUCUGGCUGCAGGAAUUAGCUACAGCAAUCGAUGGACCUCCUUCUCUCAAGAGUCAAUAUUUACUUCCUUCAAGUUUUUUUUUCCAUCCACCAAGGCUUGUGGAACUUCCUGAUCAAUACUACAAAAUAUUCCAGGAGUACCGCAACAAAACCUGUAUGAUUUGUAACAAAAUUCCUCGAGAUCCAACGAUAUGUUUAAUAUGUGCAGAGUUUCUCUGCUUCCGAGAAGCUUGCUGUGAACAUGAAUCAGUCCGAGAAUGCGUACAGCAUUCAAUAACUUGUGGGGCUGGAACGGGUGUGUUUCUGUUGGUAAACUCAAGCAUAGUAGUUGUGAUCCGUGGCCAGAGAGCAGCACUUUGGGGAUCAGUCUAUCUCGACAAACAUGGCGAAGAAGAUGAAGAACUGAGACGUGGGAAGCCUCUCUACCUCAGUGAAGAACGUUAUCAGCUUUUGGAGCAGCAAUGGCGAACACACAACUUUGACCAUGCUUGCAAACAGUGGAUCUGGCACAAGAAUAACUUAUGACCUGGACUUAAACUGCUCUAGCAGUUGCUGCCUUUGCUCACCAUUACAACAACAAUAAUAAUAAUAAUGAUGAUGAAGAUGAUGAUGAUGAUGUUAGUGUUGCUGUUGUUGUUGUUUUCUUCAGUUAUUUUUUUGUUAUUGUUCUCUCUCUCUCUUCCCCAUCAAUUUUAUUCUCUCUUCUCCAUCUUUGGAACCCUUCUAACAAAGACUAUUUCUAUUACCACUGGUGCUGUUCUUGUUAUUAUCGUUGCUGUCCUCUCCAGUCAUGACCCUCCACCUCUAAUACCCCCCCUCCCCUGUAAAUUCUCUCCCCCUCACACCUUACCUCACGUCAUUGAAAUAUGACUGCUGUUGUUGUUGUUGUUGUUGUUGUUGUUACCUGUUUACUGUGAUGUUGGGAACUUCAUGGCAAGGUGAGGCUGCUCUGCCUGUUGGACGUAAGAACGCAGAAAGACGAGGACUGUGUGAAGAUCCGAGAGAGAGAGAGAGACGGAGGGAGGGAGACAGGGUGUGUGGGUGUGUGUGUCAAUGUAUAUAGGAGAAAAUGAAAUGUCUGUUGUAUACGUAAAUGUGUGUUUGUGUAUGUAUGUACAAUACUGUAUGUGUUUGUGUAUCUGGUGUGUGUGUGUGUAUUUUUAUCUCUCCAUUUACUCUCUCUCUUAAGUUUUUCGAUUUUUUUUAAAAAACGGUUCCUCCUACCCUUGUUAUUCUCCAAUCUCCCACUUCACCUCAUUUCUCACAUUCUUUUUUUUCCUUUCCGAAUUCCAUCUCCCAUAUUUGUCUCUCUGUCUCUCUCCCUACA